UUCAGGCCCUCGGUGCGUCCGCUGGGGGCGCGCGCAGUGCGUGUCUGGUGGCAGUCGCGCCGGCGGCUGAGAGCGCGGGUCGCGUGGCCGUGCGUGGUUGCUAGGGGCGCCUGAGGCCGCCCGCUCGCCCGCAGGCGGAGGGAGGAAGCAGCGCGAAGCCGGCGCCCAGCUGCGGCGAAGCUGAGUCCGCUGGGACUGGAACAUUCCCAGCUGUCUCUCUCCCCUUCAGGCUGACGGACUUCAAGGAUGCAGCUGCUACUGCAGGAGGCACCUGGCACCUCACCUGAGCCGGGCCAUGAGGCCAUGUGGCCGUGAUGUGGGCUCCUCAUGGCCUCAGCAAGAACAGAGCACUACGAUAUCGGCCUCCGCCGGGGACAGAGCUUUAAGCAGAGUGGGCCCGCAGGCACAGCGCCUACCCUGUCACCUGAGAAACCCUCCGAGGGCAGAGUCUGGGCUCAGGCUCAUCAGCAGGUGAAGCCAAUCUGGCGGCUGGAGAAGAAACACGUGGGAACACUUUCAGCAGGGUUGGGCCCAGGCCUCUUGGGUGCACCCCCGCAGCCAGCGUACUUCUUUUGCCCCAGCACUCUAUGUAGCUCCGGGACCACAGCUGUCAUUGCGGGCCACGGCAACUGCUGUUACCUGCACUCCCUCCCGGACCUGUUCAGCAGUACCCUGCUGUACCGCCGCUCCAACUACAGGCAUAAAGCAUACCAGCAGCUGGAGUCUUUCUGCUUGCGUUCAGGCCCGUCAGAAAAAAGACCUUUCUCUCUCCCUCAAAAGAGGCUCCCUGUCAGACUCACUGCCAAUAAGGCCACGUCUUCCAAGGUCAUCCCCAUGGCCUCCUCAUCCACGGAACCGUACUCCUCACUGGGAGCAGCCGGGGAAAGUCCUUCAGGGAGGAGCCUGGCCUCUGCCAUCUCAGGGAAGACCCCAUCUCCACUCUCCUCUUCUUCCUCUUCCUACAAACCCAUGCUGAACAACAACUCCUUCAUGCAGCCAAAUAGCACUAAAGUGCCUUUAUCGCAGGCCACAGAGGGCCUGAAGCCAGUAUCCUCACCCAAGGUCCAGCUCAUCUCCUGGCAUCACUCAGGGGGCACCGGAGACUGUGCGUUCCAGCCUGUUGAGCACAAGGCGCCCAAGAGCAGUGGCCCUGCCCUAGACAACGCCCCUCCCCACAGCACGCUGUCUACCCCCAGCUCCUUGGACACCUCCACCACCAGUGUUGCCUCUUCCCUCUACAGCCAGAGUAACUUAGUCCCCAGGGCUGAGUCGCAUCCCUCCGGCCUGGAUGGUGGCCCUGUUUCCCAGACUCUGACUAAGGAGGUUCGGUUCACUGAGGCUGUGAGGAAGCUGACUGCAAGAGGCCUUGAGCAGAAACCAAGGCAAGGCUACCAUUUUGAACAGACUUACUUCAUGAACCCCAGCUUGCAGUGGGAUCUCCUCAACCAGAACAGGCGGUGGAAACCUCCUGUGGCCGGCCAGCAGGUCCCUCAGGAGGACACUGGAGCAGACAAUAGGGUCCUCCCUGCAGUCUCGGACCCCGGGGACUUGGACAGUGCAGUCUUCUGUACCAAACGCAUCAGCAUUCACCUCCUUGCCUCACAUAGCCACGGGCUCAGCUACAGCCCUGCCUGUGGAUCUGUGAUCGACUCCCCACGUCUUGGAGAAGACAAGACUCCAGUUCCACCUUCUCCACCUCAGCCCCUUGGUGUAGCCGAGGUGGCCACCCGCCUCUCUUCCAUCCAUCUGGGCAAACUUGGGAGAGAAGGGCCUAAGGAAGCCAGGGAGCUGAACUCACCUCCUAGGACUAUAGGUUCAGCUACUGACCUCCAGCUAGACCCGGUUGAAACUGAAGAUCUGGAAGAAGAGCUACUAGAUGGUUUGGAAGACUGCUGCAGCCAGGAUGAGAAUGAAGAGGAGGAGGGAGACUCAGAGUGCUCCUCGUGCAGUGCUGUCUCCCCCAGCGAGUCUGUGGCAGUGAUCUCUCGGAACUGCAUGGAGUUUCUGACCAAACCCCUUUCCAAUGAAAAAGUUGUUCGACCAGCCCUCAUCUACAGUCUCUUUCCCAACGUGCCCCCUACCAUCUAUUUUGGCACUCCAGAUGAGAGAGUGGAGAAACUUCCCUGGGAGCAGAGGAAGCUGCUCCGGUGGAAGAUGAGCACAGUGACCCCCAACAUUGUCAAGCAGACCAUUGGACGUUCCCACUUCAAGAUCAGCAAGAGGAAUGAUGACUGGCUGGGCUGCUGGGGUCACCACAUGAAGUCUCCUAGUUUCCGAUCCAUUCAGGAGCAUCAGAAGCUAAACCACUUCCCAGGUUCAUUCCAGAUUGGGCGCAAGGACCGACUGUGGCGGAACCUGUCCCGCAUGCAGAGCCGCUUUGGCAAGAAGGAGUUCAGUUUCUUCCCCCAGUCCUUCAUCCUGCCCCAGGACGCCAAGCUCCUGCGCAAAGCCUGGGAGAGCAGCAGCCGCCAGAAGUGGAUUGUUAAACCACCAGCGUCCGCGCGAGGCAUCGGCAUCCAGGUCAUUCAUAAGUGGAGUCAGCUCCCCAAGCGGAGGCCCCUUCUGGUACAGAGGUAUCUCCACAAACCCUACCUCAUCAGCGGCAGCAAGUUCGAUCUGCGGAUCUAUGUUUACGUCACCUCCUAUGAUCCUCUACGGAUUUACCUCUUUUCAGAUGGACUUGUCCGCUUUGCCAGUUGCAAGUAUUCCCCUUCCAUGAAGAGCCUUGGCAACAAAUUCAUGCACCUAACCAACUACAGUGUCAAUAAAAAGAAUGCCGAGUACCAGGCCAAUGAAGAUGAAACAGCCUGCCAGGGCCACAAAUGGGCACUGAAGGCUUUAUGGAGCUACCUGAGCCAGAAGGGAGUCAACAGUGAUGCCAUCUGGGAGAAGAUAAAGGAUGUCGUUGUCAAAACCAUCAUCUCGUCAGAACCCUAUGUGACCAGCCUGCUGAAGAUGUACGUGCGGCGGCCUUACAGCUGCCACGAGCUCUUUGGUUUCGAUGUCAUGCUGGAUGAGAAACUCAAGCCCUGGGUUCUAGAAGUGAACAUCUCCCCCAGCCUCCACUCCAACUCUCCGCUGGACAUCAGCAUCAAAGGCCAGAUGAUCCGUGACCUUCUGAACCUGGCAGGCUUUGUUCUGCCCAAUGCAGAUGAUAUCGCUUCCAGCUCCAGCAGCUCCACCACCAGCCUGCCCAGCUCUCCCAGUGACAGAUGUCGAGUGGCCCCAGAGUACUUCACUGCACAGAAGAUGAAGAAAGCCUAUUACCUGACCCAGAAAAUUCCUGAUCAGGACUUCUACGCAUCUGUGCUGGAUGUCCUGACACCAGAUGAUGUUCGGGUUCUAGUCGAGAUGGAGGAUGAGUUUUCUCGCCGUGGUCAAUUCGAACGCAUUUUUCCGUCUCGAAUCUCUUCUCGCUAUCUCCGCUUUUUUGAGCAGCCACGAUAUUUCAACAUUCUCACCACCCAGUGGGAACAGAAGUACCAUGGCAACAAGCUCAAAGGAGUAGAUCUGCUUCGGAGUUGGUGCUACAGAGGGUUCCACACAGGAGCCGUCUCUGAUUCUGCUCCAGUGUGGACUCUCCCGGCCUCAGUUCUGACUGUCCCAAAGGCUGAUGCGACACUCAGUGCUUUCUCCAAGCCAGAGACUGUCAAGCUGAGAAAACAUGGCUCCACCGAGCAAAAUAUACCACUGUCUGAAGAUGGGACCAUACCCAAGCUGAAGAAGACCCAAGCUGGCCUUUCCCCUCCUCCCAGAAAACUCAGUUCCUCAGAGGACAGUGAGGACACCAACAAAGAGCCCAGCCUCUCCACCCAGUUGUUACCUGUGAUCAAGUACUCUGGGCAGACUUCGAGACUCUCUGCUUCUGCCAGCUCCCAGUCAGCUGGUGGCUCCCUCCUGGCUGCUGUGAGCCUGUGACAGGCUUCUCUUCACUUGCCUGCCCAGGUGCACCAGUGUCAGCUACCUCAUGGGAACCGGCCGGCUGGCCAGCCUGAACCCCCAGCCCCUCCACUCUGCCCCUCCUCAGAGUAUUUUUUGAAGUGGUUGAAUUGUAGAGAUGGGUAUUUGGCGGGCUGGAGGGGUGGUUGGGAAGGGGAGAAGGUGAGACAGGUUGACUGGCUGGCACCUCAUAUCUCAGCGGAGAAGCCAACGAUGGCUACUCAGCCUUAUAAAGCAGGGUUUGGUUUCUACCUUCAGAGAGCCAUGUGUGGUUUGUUUUGGUUCAGUGGUUUUGAGUUAUCACUCAAGAGGAGAAAGCAUAUUGAACAUAUUUGGGCCUGAAGUCCCUUGCUCUCUAUAUAAUUGAAGAGGUUCCUCUGAGGGUCCUUAUUUCCUCAGGUCUCACCCUCUCCCCUUCCCAACCCCCAUCCUGAGGAGUCACUUUCAGAAACCUUCAGACUUCCUCAGUACUUGGGCAAACAGAGACCAUGACAUGCAGAACCAGUUUCCUAUUGUCCUUGUCUUGGGGGCAUCACCACCUCCAGACAAUUUUUCCUUUCAUGUACUCAUCCAGCCAGUAGCCCUUGGUCUUCCAGCUCUGACCUCACAUCACUACUUGUUCAGCCUUCUAGACUUCCCUCUCACGGAUGUUACCUCUUCAGCUCUUAGCUUUCUGUGAGGCAAGAGCUUCUGUGAACUUUGUGAAUUUCUCAUGGCUGCAAUCAAGGAGCCCGGAUAAUCCCCAGAGAAGGGUGGAAGGAGCUGAGGUUCUCCCUUCACUCUCUCUGGUGAUCAGGGUCUGGCUCACAGGUCUCUGGGGCACGCACUCUGGUGGCCUGGCAGGCAGGUUUCAGAAACAGCCACCAUUGUAGCCUGAGCUUCCAGUCAGGCUCCUGGCUAAACUCUUCUACGCUGAAUUGGAUCUGCCUCCUGCCCCAAGACUCAGCCAGCAGCGAGUGUUCAAUAAAUGUUGUUCACGUGAACUGGAGAUCUCACAGGAUGCAAACACCUAAACCAGAAGCUCUCCUGCCUGGGCUGAAGAGCCGCCCAGGGGGAAGCCAAGGUGGGAGAGUUUGGGCCAGAAAGUUUGUUUUCAUUUGAACUAUGCUCCUCCUUAAUUUGACACCUCCUGGUUGCCUCUCAGUGCCCUCCCCAGCCCUACUGAAGCCUUACUUCUGUUUAUUUUUCUCCCAGCGGGGCCCAACAAGAAGCCAGUUGGUCCCUUGAUUCUGAUACCCGGGUUUUCCCUUUGGUGUAUCAGGCAGGAAGCUCUGCUCACGGUCUGAUCCAAGACCGUGAACAAGGCUUUCUCUGCCUUUGUUCUUGAGCUUUGGAAAGAUAGCCUGCUCCAUUCCCUGCUCUGGGAGUUCUGUGGUGAGUUGGAAGGGAACCCUGGAAAAAGCCCUGAGAGGCCUGCCUGGGUUCAAGGCCAUACCGCUGAUAUGUGAAGGCCAUGUUGACAGUUGUGAAGAAAGCUGGAUAGCAAAGUCCUGGGGCGUUGCUGCUCAAUAGCAGGGACUUCAAAGUCAGGGCCACAGGAGAGCUGCUUGACAGUCCUGUUAAAUCUCUUCUGAUAGCCUGGAAGCCACCUCCCUCUUGUCCUCCAUGGGUGCCGUGUCCUAGUGCAGAUGUCAAAACAAACUUUGUGACGGGGAUAGGAAGCAGCCUUCCUGUGAUACUACCCACUCAAGCUGUUCCGCUGGGGCUGGUCCUCUGGUGCAGCGGCUUAGGUGUGGAGGCCUGACCGAGCUCUGCUACUCCCUGGAAACCAACUUCAAUAUCAUGCCUCCGAGAAUCCCCAGAGAGCACAGCCACUUCCAUUCCCGUAACUGGAGAAGGGACUGGCCUUGCAGUAUGAUGAGAAGCAAGGGAGUGAGUGGUGGGGAAAUUGAGAGGUGGGGAUAGACUGUUCUCAGUAGUUUAAAGGGCUUGUCUGGGGGCUCAGACGGUAAAGAAUUCACCUGUAAUGUGGGAGACCUGGGUUCGAUCCCUGGGUUGGGAAGAUCCCCUGGAGGAGGGCAUGGCAACCCACUCCAGUAUUCUUGCCUAGAGAAUCCCCAUGGACAGAGGAGCCUGGUGGGCUACAGUCCAUGGGAUUGCAAGGAGUCGGACACGACUGAGCACCUAAGCACAGCAAUAGUUUAAAACAUGUUUGUACUUUUUAAAGUUUUCAUCACAUUUGAGUGUCUGGUAGAUGUGAGUGUGUUGCUGGAUGGGAGAAAGGAAUGAGGUUUAUGUAUCAUACUUCCCUUUCAGCCUUGAGAGAAAAUGAAAUCUUGCUUAUUAAGCAUUCAGCAUACAUACUUGGCAGUGCAUACCCACAGUAUAAGGUGUUUGGCUGAAUAAGCAAUUUGGGGGCAGUAAUGAGAUUUGGGGGAAAGUUUAAAUUUGAGAAUGUUGUUGUUCAGUCACUUAGUCAUGUCCCACUCUUUACGACCCCUUGAAUUAUAGCACACCAGACUUCCUUGCCCUUCACUAUCUCCCUGAGUUUGCUCAAACUCACAUCCACUGAGUCAGUGAUGCCAUCCAACCAUCUUGUCCUCUUUCGCCCCCUUCUCUUGCCCUCAGUUUUUCCCAGCAUCAGGGUCUUUUCCAGUUGGUCAGCUCUUCACAUCACGUGGCCAAAGUAUUGGAGCUUUAGCUUCAGCGUCAGUUCUUCCAAUGAAUAUUCAGGGUUAAUUUCCUUUAGGACUGACUGCCUUGGUCUUCUUCCUGUCCAAGGGACUCUAAAGAAUCUUCUCCAGCACCACAGUUCAAAAGCAUCAGUUUUUUUUUUUGGCACUCAGCCUUCUUUAUGGUCCAACUCUCACAUCCAUACAUACUAGUAUGUUCAUCCUUACUACUGGACAAACCAUGGGUUUUGACUGUAUGAACCUUUGUCAGCAAAGUGAUGUCUCUGCUGUCUAGGUUGGUCAUAACUUUUCUUCCAAGGAGCAAGCGUCUUUUAAUUUCGUGGCUGCAGUCACCAUCUGCAGUGAUUUUGGAGCCCAAGAAAAUAAAGUCUGUCACUGUUUCCAUUGUUUCCCCAUCUACUUGCCAUGAAUUGAUGGUACCAGAUCCCAUUAUCUUUGUUUUUUGAAUGUUGAAUGUCAGUUUUUUCAUAACUUGAUAAUGUACCUAGUCCUUGUUUGGAGAAAGGGGAACAAGUGCUCUUGAGGUAAGAAAUGCUGUGUAUAGGGUAUUUCUGAAGCACUGGAGCAAGAAUUUGAGGGCAGGGGCAGCAGCAAGGAGGGUGGUCACUAUUUGUUUACUUCUGAUUUACUCAAGCUUGAUCAGACACUAAGGAACUUAGAAUGAAUACUUAAUAGAAAGGUGGCAUGGGGCUAAGAAAAGAGCGUGGAUCUUGGGAGUCUGACAUAGGGUUCAAAUCUCAUUUCCUCUGCGCAGCCUUGGGCAUGUCAUCUAGCUUUUUAAAGUUUUACAAUAAUACAAAUUUAAUACCUGCAUUGCAAGAUUAUGGAAAUUGAGCAAGGUUAUGGAAAUUAUGGGGAGGGAAAGGGAGGCUAGAGAUGUAAAACCCUUUCCAUGAGGGAAUGAAGGCACUCUAGAGACAUAGAAGUGAAGGGGCCAGGACAGGGUUUAGAUACCUUAUCACACCUACCUCCACCCUGGUGCAUAAAGAAACCCUAUCACCAUUAUUCAUUCUACUGUUUCACUCUUUGUUGGGGAUUUAUUUCUUUG